AUGAAGUCGUACGAGUCCUUGAACGUGAGAAAAUUGUUGGUCAACGUCAGCUUGCCGCUAAAUGUGACUGCCGACGUGUCCGCAGACUGGUGCCCGUUCACCACCCGUGGGCUAAGCACAAGCUCUACCGACGCCUCGUCCACUAUUCGUUCGCCGUCCGGAAGCCGGAACUCCACACAAAGCAGCUCGUCCUUGCUGGGCCGCCGUGACGAACCGGUCGAGUCCAAAAUCGUCUGUGUUUUGCUCACAAUGUCCUUGAAGAAGUCCAUCCGCAAAUAA